ACUCACACACCUACACCGUGGGCCAAAGAGGUACUGUUAAACAAACCUCUUUCAUGCAUUCAACAUGCCCUUGCUUCCUCCAAAUGUAAGUAAAAAGUACUCAGAUUCCAUAGGAAUAUCUAAACAACUAUGUUAGGUGCAAACCAAAAAAAAACAAAAAAAAAAUUUCACAGAAUGUAAUACAAAUAUGAUUUUCUUUAUUCUCAUUGAUGCAUUUUGUACAUAGAAAUUUCUAUACGCGUAGUAGACUUUUUUAUACCUAAAAAGGUACAUCACAAACAAACCCAAUCGAAAAGAUCAUGUCAUGUCCAUUAAUGAAGAAUAUUGCAAAAAUUUCUCCAACACUUGAAAACCCUUUGAACCCCUUCCUUUUGUGUAGCCCAUUUUCUUUACAUGUCUUCUUUUGAGAAAACUUAGGUUCAAUAUUCUACAAAUGGAGGAUACAUUGCAUGACCUCUCUCAUCACCCCCACCCUCCUUCUCCAUGGCUCCUCCAUCUGUUCAAGACCUCCAUUUCUCUCACCUUGACAUCCCUAUAACCAUAGACCGCAUUUUUUCGGUCAUGCCAGCCAGUUCGAUUCCGGUCUCCACCAACCACAGCCUCUACCUUUCAAACAUAGAUGACAUGAUCGGUGCACGAGUUUUCACCCCAACUGUGUAUUUCUAUCGAUCAAACAACUUUGGUUCUCCCCGAAAACCCAUCAUGGAAAUACUACUUGAUGCUCUUGCUAGUGUUUUAGUCCCUUACUAUCCUUUCUCGGGCCGACUUAGAGAGACUCAAAAUGGAAAGCUAGAGGUGUUCUUCGGACCAGACCAGGGGGUUCUCAUGGUUCAAGCUCAUUCAGAGAUGGCUUUAGCCAACCUGGGUGACUUUACAGUGCCAAACCCUGCAUGGUUACCAUUGGUUUAUAGGUUCCCUAAUGAAGGACAAUACCAAAUCAUUGACAUGCCAUUGUUAAUAGCACAAGUGACUUAUUUUAGCUGUGGUGGCUUCAGCCUUGGUUUGAGGACUUGCCAUUGCCUCUCUGAUGGGCUUGGUGCAAUGCAAUUCCUUAAUGCAUGGUCUUCCACUGCGAAAGCCGGAGUUUUGGUAACAAACCCUAAUCCAUGUUGGGACAGAGAGAUUUUCCGACCACGCGAACCGCCUCUAGUUAAAUACCCACAUGUUGAGUUCAUGAGAAUCGAAGAUGGUUCAGACCUAACAAUGAAGCUCUGGCAAAACAAGCUGGUUCAGAAGUGUUAUCGGAUUAGCAGGGAAUUUCAAGCUCGUUUAAAGAACUUGGCCAGAGCACACGAUGAUUCUACGUGCACUACUACCUUUGAUGCCAUGGCUGCUCAUGUUUGGAGAUCUUGGGUUAAAGCACUUGAUGUCAAACCGUUGGACUGCAACCUUCGACUUACAUUUUCUGUUAACGCUCGACAAAAGCUCAAAAACCCACCUUUGAAAAGCGGGUUUUAUGGCAAUGUCAUGUGUGUGGCGUGUGCCACAAGCACGGUGUCUGAGCUUGUCAAUGGGUGUCUUGCAGAGACAAGAAGGUUGGUUCAUGACGCUCGGUUAGGCAUCUCAGAGGAGUACUUGAGGUCUACAAUAGAUUAUUUUGAGGUGGAUAGGCCUAAGAGGUUAGAAUUUGAUGGGAAGUUGACAAUCACACAAUGGACUAGAUUUUCCAUAUAUGAAUCAGCAGAUUUUGGGUGGGGAAGACCGAUUUAUGCUGGUCCGAUUGAUCUGACACCAACCCCACAAGUUUGUGUUUUCUUGCCUGAAGGGGAGGGUGGUUCUGGUGGAACUAUGUUGGUGUGCAUUUGCUUGCCAGAGCAAGCUACAAGCACGUUUAGAAAGUUUUUGUGCCUCAUGGAUUUAGAUGAUCAAGUUGGACAAUAGGUCAAGGUCAAGGAAUGCAACAGUUGUAUUUUCAUUUCCUAUUUUUUUUGUUUUGUUUAUGAACUUUUUCAGCAUAUUUUUUUAGGAAAUACCAAAAAAUUAUGAAUCCAAAAACUAUUUUUUUCAUGAAAAUAAAAACAAUUAA